AUGGCGAUCAACAAAGUAGCUCUCGUCUCAGCCGUGCUGUUGCUGGUGAUCUCUUCCGCUGCUGCUGCUGCAGGGAGAGAUGUUCCUCCAGUCCUCCCCAAGGACAACGUUCUGCGCGACCACGGUAUCAUGAAUACCCCAGAGGAGAACGGCGGUCGCUCCGAAUCCAAGAUAUACGCCAUCACGCAGCCAAUAUUCCAUCCUCCCUACGUCCCACCUUGUGCUUCCAAGGCCGUUCGUGCGAGCGGGGUCACCAAGGACGAGAAGCGUUGUUAG